GGGUUUGAGGGGUUCGCGCUUCCAACGGUCACUGAAAAUUUUGAAAGCUAUAACUAACUCACACGAACAGAACAGCAUGUAGAAGGCUACUUCUCUUGUUUUGUUCUUAAUUUAUUUAUUACAUAUUGGUGUCGUGGCAAAAUAUGGUUGGUCGCCAGGGAAUCGAACAUGUUUCGUGUAAUUAAGUUGGUUCCUGUCACUGUCAGCACUAGUCGACGACAAAAACAAAUACGAGGAAGCUCGGCUGAGGUUGGUGGGCUGGGGACUGUCUUUGUUGGGUUGGGUGGCCUUCUCCCCAUUUAAUGGAUCUGUUGCUGACGUGUCAAGGGAGGCAAACUUUCUGUGAACAUACGUACGGUACCGUACUAGAAGCAUACGUCUGCGUGCAGUUGCAGAGCAAGUGGGUGUGAGUAGAAAAGAAAAGAAGCUUAAUUUUAUAAGAGGGUUGGGUUGGGUUGGAUCAGAAGAUGAUGGAUGGAUCGGUCUGUCUGUCUUUGGGAUUGAGGUUUAUAUUCAUUAUUGUAUGGGUGGGUGGGGUCUGUUACUUGUGGGUUCCAAUAAAAGGGGGAACCCUUUCGUCUUGCUUUUGGAGGUUUUAAGGAUUUGUAUUGUUUCUUCUUUUUACUAGCGUUUUGUUCUUUAUUUUUUUUAAAAUGGGUUGUGAUUUGCUGAUGAUACCUUUAGGUUGUGCAAGAAGGUGAUGGUGGGUUGUGAUUGCAUUUGAAUAUCAGUGUGGACUUGGAAUGCAGUUAAUCGCGUGGAUGGUGAAAUUAGAUUAAAGAAAGAAAGGAUGAUUGUGAGAACGGAGCGGGAUGGAUUGGUCUGGUAAAAAGGAGAUGCUAGCUAGCUGUGAAGGUUAAAAUUAUGAACCAGAGAGAUUUAGAGGACGAUCCCUGUAAUCAUGGGACCGGGAGGUUGGGUUAAGUUGUGCUGGUUAAUUUGGCUUAUGUAUACUGGAAUUGUUUGAUGAAAUUUCAGGCUUCAAAAUGGGUAACCUUCCAGUGAAGUACUUGGGUGUUCCUGUUAUCACUGGUAGACUUAAAUCUGCAGAUUACCGGGUGCUGGCUGACAAGAUCACACAAAGAUUGCAGCACUGGCGUCAAAACUUCUCUCUUUCGCCGAGAUACUUCUUCAAGUGAACUCCACUCUUAUUUUUAGCCUUCAAACAUACUGGUGUUGCAUAUUUAUUAUCCCAGUCCAGUUAUCAAAACUAUUGAAAGAAAGUUUAUGUGGUGCAUGUCUUUGAAAUGGUAAAGAUGAGUUUUCUGUUGGAAUUGUGUUACUCUUCCUAAUAAGAAAUAGGGAUUGGCUAUUAGAAAGAUCAAAUAAUGGAGUUAUGUUUGUGUAGUGGGAUUAGAAAGUUUAUAUAGUGUUUGGAACAUGUUUCUUCAAGCAGGUUCUCUAUGGGCAGCUUGGUGUCAAUGGCAACGUUUUGAAGGAGAGAGGCAUCUGGAGCCUCAAAACUCCUAAUGACAGUACACAAGGAACUGGAGGAAAUUAUUGAAGAUAAGGAACCUUGUAUGGACGCAAUUUCAAGAACUGUCAAAAUUUUAAAAACAAAUAUGGAUUAUGCCUUUUUUGUUUUUGUAACUUAGACAUGAUUUGAAAAAUUUUUUUUUUUUAUGUGAAUAUUCUAUCAGUAUUUCUAUCAGUAAGUUACUUUAUUGACUGAAUUACUGAUAGAACUAAAAUCUUUAGCGAGAAGCUCUCCUGAUGACAAGUUUUCAUUGAUAAAUCUGUAGUAAUUUAUAUUUUAUCAAAGAUGAUAAAUUUUCUAAUUGUGAAUAUUCUUUUUUAUGUUAAUUUUUUUUUCACUUGACCUGUGGCAUAACACUAGCCUUCAAUCUAGAUGGAGUAAAAAUAGUGUGGAGUGAUGCAGCCGUAUAUAAAAAAAAUGGUUAGCUCGUUAGUUGUUAGUUAGGAGAUUCCUUCGGUUAUAUUAAUUAACCUUGUUAAAGGCAGCCUUGGAGCUCACUGUAUAAUUUUCUCGUUAUUCCCUCUUCUUUCUCUUUCUCUUCCUUUUCUCAGAAUUGCUGCUAGCUAGCUAGUUAGGAUUACUUCGCCAUCACUGCCAAGUCAAGCCCAGGCGAAAUUGAUUCUCCUCAGAAAAAUUAAUCUCUUCGCCUCGAUAAAGUCCUCUCUGUUAAUCUUGACAAUGACCAAAGACGAUAGACGAAAACGCUGCAAGGAGGUGAAUAAAGAUAUGAUUAGUGGCUUGCCUAAUGUGAUUAUUGGUCAUAUACUCUCGUUUCUUCCUACUAAAGAUGCUCUGUGUACCUGCAUUUUGUCCAAAAGUUGGAGAGAACUCUGGAGAUCACUUUCCAAUUUUGAUUUUGAUGAUCGCACAUGGAAAAGUAAGAUCAUCUUUGGGAAUUUCAUGGAUAGGUUUUGUUACCUUCACAACUCUCGUGAAAACUCUAUUACAAAAUUUCGUCUCAGAGUAAAUGGAAGCUAUCCUUCUUCCCGUAUGAGUGCGUGGAUUUCUGCUGCAAUUAAGGACAAUCUUGAGGAGCUUAAACUUUGGAUAUACACUGCGGAUCAUGUUCCGUUGCCUCGGAGAAUUUUUAGCUGUGAGAAGUUAGUGAUUUUGGACCUUGGUUAUCGAAUUGAUAUUGAUCUUCUUGGUGUUGGUGUACACUUUCCAUGUCUCAAGGUCCUUCAUCUUCAAGAACUCCCGAUGCUUGAUGAUCAUGCUUCCAUAGAGAAACUAUUAGCAGGUUCCCCAGUCCUUGAAGAACUGAAAAUCGAACAUGAAGAUUGUGAAUCCAGGAACGUUUUACGUAUAUGCUCAAGCUCACUUAAACGCUUGAUCAUAAGAUUCCCAUUCGUUGCUUAUGACGAGAAGGAUCCUGGUUGCAGAGAACUUACUCUUGAUACCCCAAACCUCGAGCUUCUUAAACUAACUGAUCUCGUGUCCGAGAAGUUAAACAUGCUGCAGAUUCCGUACUCACUAGUCGAGGCUGCUCUCAGUGUUGCUUAUAAACAUGUCUUCGCCAUACAAGUAGAAGAUUAUAUUGACAUGGCGGUUCAGCUUUUGAGACCGAUCAUGACGAUUGUCAAGAUCUUACGCAUGUGUGAUACUACUAUGAGGACGUUAUCAGAUGCAGUUCACAAGAAGUUGCCUUGUGUCGGCAAUCUUCCUGAUUUUCAGAAUUUGACUCGUUUGGAGAUUGAAGCUAGUGGAAAUGAUCGUUGGAUGGUUUUGCAUGAGAUACUCAAAUGCUCUCCUAAGUUGGAAGUCUUCAACUUAUACAAGGACUCGACAGAGAAAACUCGCAGAUGGCGAAAUCCUGAAUUCGUGCCCCGGUGCUUAAGGUCAUCCCUUAAGGUGAUCGAGUAUGUAGGUUUUGAAAGCGAGUUGGGGGAGAUAGAAAUGGCUGAAUAUUUCAUAAAGAAUGCGUUGGUCUUGGAGAAGAUGACUAUCGAAUAUGGAUGGAAAAUGAUUCAUGAUUUUAAAGAGCGUGUUGCCGAGAGGUUGACAGAGUGUCGUCGGGGCUCCAAAGCAUGUCGAAUUGUAUUUUCACCUUGAGGCUUCUUUCUUUCUUUCUUUUCUUCCCUUUUUUUUUUUCCGGCAUCCUUUUCGGUUAGAGAUUGCUGAACGAGGUGGAGAGAACGUAAACCUAUGAUAUUCAUAUAUGGAUGGAUUCUUUUUUUU